AUGCAACAGCGGGGAUAUAACAUUAUUGUAAAUCAUUAUAACAAUGUCGAAUCUAAAGAACCACUUUUGCUUAUUAUUAUUGGUGAAGGGGGAACAGGAAAAAGUUUCCUUAUUAAUGCUCUAAGAAAAUAUUUAAAGCAGAAAUGUAUUGUGACUGCUACAACUGGCAAGGCAUCAUUUAACAUAAAUGGCAUAACCAUUCACUCAUUUUUGAAAUUGCCAAAGCCUGGAUUGCAAAAAGAUUUGUUGCCAGUUGACUAUAUUGUAAUAGAUGAAUAUUCUAUGCUUGGUCAAACUACAAUGGGAUGGAUUGAUAGACGUUGUAGACAAGCUACUGGAUUACAGGAUAAGUUGUUUGGUGGAAAAUCCGUAAUUUUAAUUGGCGAUCCUGCCCAACUUCCUCCCGUUGGCGACAAGCCAUUGUAUCAUAGUAAACCAUCUAAUUCAAUCGCUGAACAGGGUUUUCUAGCAUAUAAAAUGUUUAACAAUGUAGUUAUAUUAGAUGUUAACCAGAGGAUAAGGGGUAGUCAACAUGAUCAAACGUUAUUUAAAGGCAUCUUAUCACGACUUCGAAAUGGAGAAUUAAGUUGUAAUGACUGGAAACAGCUCCUUACUAGACAGCCAACAGUUUUAUCUAAUCUAAAUAAAUUUAUUGAUGCUACUAGACUGUAUUACAGCAAUGAAGAAGUUGCAAAAUAUAAUUAUGAUCGCCUAAUGCAGUUAGAAACUCCUAUUGCAGAGAUUUGUGCGAGACACUCUGGUGCCAAUGCAAAAAGUGUCAGUGCUCAGGAAAUGUUUGGCUUCCAAAUAAGUGAAGCUAUUCUCUUGCAAACGUACAUUUUAACAAAUUUUGCCACUGGUUUCUAA